GUCUGGGCGGGGAGGAGGGAGCCUGUGAGGAAGUCAAGUGGGAGUGCUGCUGCUAGGAGCUUCUCUCUCUCUGUGAGACUCUCCACCGCUGGAUGGUUGUGUGAGACGCUGCAGCCCAGCACACAAGGUUCUACCGGAGCGUCUACUGGUUGACAUCUGAGGGACUCGCAACAUGGCUAUUGUCCUCCACUCUACACCCCUCCUCUGGACCCGCCUGGCGGCGCUGGUCUUCUCCUGCGUAGCCUUCUCUGUGGCCGUCCACGGUGGGCGCCUGUACCAUGGCACAGGUGACUGGUGCAUCUUCUGCUGGGCCUUCAGCUUCGCUGGCACCCUGCUGGUCCUGCUGGUGGAGCUGUUUGGCCUGCAGACCCGAGCCCCCGUGUCCUGGAAGAACUUCCCCAUCACCUUCGCCUGCUACGCUGCCUUGCUGUGCCUGUCCGCCUCCAUCAUCUUCCCUCUCUACUACCUGAAAGGCUCCAUGGGGCCCAGCCAGGUGCGUGACUACCGCAUCGUGUCCACAGUCUUCUCCUGCCUGGCCACCAUUGCCUACAUGAGCGAGGUGAGCAUCAGCAAGGCGCGCCCGGGCGAGGUGGCCGGCUACAUGGCCACCGCCCCCGGCCUGCUCAAGGUGUGCGAGACCUUCGUGGCCUGCAUCAUUUUCGUCUUCAUCAGCGACCCUGUCUUGUACGACCGCCACGACGCUCUCAAGUACUGCAUGUCCGUCUACUGCAUCUGCUUCAUCCUGUCAGCCGCCAUCAUCCUGCUCUGUGUGGGCGAGUGCACGGGCUGCCUGCCCUUCCCCUUCGCCCGCUUCUUGUCCGCCUACGCCCUGCUAGCCGUGAUCCUCUACCUGUCGGCCGCCAUCGUCUGGCCCAUCUUCAACUUUGACCCUAAGCAUGGUGGCACCAAGCAGCGGCCGUCCAACUGCGGUAUCACACAGGGGUUGUGCGUGUGGGACAAGCUGAUGGCGGUGGCUGUGCUCACGGCCGUCAACUUCAUCCUCUACCUGGCCGACCUCAUCUACUCCGCCCGCCUGGUGUUUGUCAGCGCUUGAAGAAGGCGGUGCGACUGUAGGCCUCAGAUGAAAUUAAAUUUGGCAGGAUUGGCUUUAAAAAAGACUAGCAGUCAGGGACCACUGAGUAGCAUUAUGAUACUUAGUGAUUGUGUGAUAUUCCAUAUAUUGGAAGAAAAAACACCUGCGAUACACAAUGAUAUAUAUGCAGCUGAAGAGGCAAAAUGUACAGAUACACAUUUUUUUAAACUCAAAAAGUGUUAUCUAACGUUACAUACUGAUUUGCCCCACUUCUACUAAUUGCACAAAUUGUCUUCGAUACAUAUUUUGGUUUCACAAUGCAGUGAUUACGUAUUGGAAGAAAAAAAAACGACAAUACAUUAUGAUAUGUAACUGAGGCGACAAUGUAUAAAUACACGUUUGUUGCACUAAAUAUGUGAUACCUAACGCUGGCGUAGCAAUGCUCAAAGUUUGUCUCACCAUUACUAAUCGCACAAAUUGCCUUUGAUACAUAUUUUGGUGUCAGAAUACAGCAAUUACGUGAUAUUCGGUAUAUUGGAAGAAAAAUCAUCUACGAUACAUUAUGAUAUAUGUGUAACCGAGGAGGCAAAAUGUACUGAAACACGCUUUUUGAACUCAAAAUGUGAUUCUGCCUAUCGAUACACCGUUAUCAAUUGUUCAUUAUCUUCAUUUCAUUGAAGACUCCUAAUUCUGAUCUUUAAUGUUUAGGAAAAAACCCUGCAAUAAUAAAAGUAUCGCUAAUGUGAUAUGCAAGCCUGUCAAAUUUGAUUUUGCGUGACGCAUACUGUCUGGAUAAAAGGAGUGUUGGUGGGGUGGUCUGUAGGGGGUCUAUGUGGCUAUGUUUACAUGUGCAGCAAUGUGUCCGUGUGCUGGCUGCAGUGGCCAAAGCUGGAGCAUGCUAAUGCUAAUGAACACAUUUCAUUUCACUACAGAGAUGCCAACAUUGGAAUCCAAAUGGACGUAAAAACAAUUUAGGAUGUGCAUGUAAACAUAGUCUGCAACGUCAAUUUAGUAUUUUUUUUGCAUGUGUGUUCUGCUUAAAUGGUGGCACAAACAAAAGAAGCUGUGGCUAGCUGAAUACAUGACUAAAUUGUAGUCCAAUUCCACAACUGGGACUCAUUUACACAUUUUUGUUAACUAGGGAGGACGUCGACUUUUUAGUUAAAACAAAAAGGUGCCAAAGUAAGUGACACGAUGUUCAGUUUGAAUGAUUUUAGGAUGUACAGCGCACCUACGUGCACGUUACAAUCGACAUUAUGACAAUAUAUGUGGAAUUAGUGGAUUGAAAACAUUUGUGUGUGCACACGUCCUCACCUUCCAUGUUAUGCACUUAAUAGUGUUUCCUGAGGGCUCCAUUUACUAAUAACGUUAAGCGACGCCAAUUGAUUCAUUCGCACAUGUCAACAUGGGUGCGUCCUCCUUGGGUGAUAUCAGUGUUCUUUUUUAUUUGAAUAACUUUUGUAUUCCGCUGUGUGUUGUAAGAAAAUGUAACCUUGCAUUUCAAUAAAGACACGUAUUAAACUGA